AAAGGCGCCAAAAGGGCGAGACGAUGCGCCCACAAAAGCCAAUCAGAAAAGACCUUACUGAAGCUAGGGGAGGACCGAAAACCAUCGACACAAAAACGGUCGUGAUUCCGCAGACUUCCUCUAUCUUUGCAGCAGUUUAUGCUCUUGACAUACGACAGCAGGAACACCCCUGUUGCUGCAAGCUGAUUGGCUGAGAUCUGAUAGCUCCUUCCCAGUAACCCACAGUAUUGGGGGUUGGUUCAGCAAAGUGUACACAAAUGUAAUCAGUUAUUUAUAUUCUUCGUUAUCAAUCAGUUAUCGACUCCAUUGAAGAAUACAUCAACUUUAAGCCAGCGGUGUUUGUAAAUAUGCGCGCCGGUGUUUUGAUUUGAUUCUUCAAAACAUCAGAAACAAAACUCUCAGAUUGAGUGUUGGGGAAAGGACGUGUUUUCGAAUGUGUGGGGAUUUCAAACAACUGGGCAGAUUCAACGGAAGUCUGAAAAAACUCAAAAAGUGAGAGAUCUCGGGUAGUGUACUAACUAGAGGUUCAUGUAGAGAUCAUCUUGAAUAAUGUGUGCUUGUGAAAAAGGAUUCAUUAUGUGUGAAAUGUUGAGCAAGGAUUGGGUCACACAUGAAGAAAGUUGAAGUAAAGUCAAAAGAAAAGCUGCGUGUCCUGAUGACUCUCCCUUAACAAGAGCUACCAGGAUGCUAAAUCAUCACUGUCGAAGGAACCCGGAGCUGCAAGAGGAACUGCAAAUUCAGGCCGCUGUUGCAGCAGGGGAUGUUCAUACCGUGCGCAAAAUGCUGGAACAGGGGUACUCCCCGAAUGGCCGUGAUGCCAAUGGGUGGACCUUGCUUCACUUUUCAGCAGCAAGAGGCAAGGAGAGAUGUGUCCGAGUCUUUCUGGAACAUGGAGCUGAUCCCACAGUAAAAGACUUAAUUGGUGGCUUCACAGCCCUGCAUUACGCCGCCAUGCAUGGCCGGGCUCGGAUUGCACGCUUGAUGUUGGAGUCUGAUUACCGAAGUGACAUUAUCAAUGCCAAGAGCAAUGACGGCUGGACUCCCCUCCAUGUGGCAGCACACUACGGCAGGGACUCGUUUGUCAAGCUCCUGCUUGAGUUCAAGGCUGAGGUGGAUCCGCUCAGUGAUAAAGGCACCACCCCACUUCAGCUGGCCAUUAUCAGGGAGCGCUCCAGCUGCGUGAAAAUCCUUUUGGACCACAACGCUAACAUUGACAUCCAAAAUGGCUUCCUGCUGCGCUACGCUGUGAUCAAAGGCAACCACUCAUAUUGCCGCAUGUUCCUCCAGAGAGGGGCUGACACCAACCUGGGCCGCCUGGAGGACGGGCAGACGCCUCUGCAUUUGUCUGCUCUGCGGGACGAUGUGCUCUGUGCUCGGAUGUUGCACACCUAUGGCGCAGAUACAACUACCAGAAACUAUGAGGGACAGACCCCACUGGCGGUGUCUGGGAGCAUGUCUGGAGCUAGCCGGCCAUGUCUUGAUUUCCUGCAAGAAGUCACAAGGCAGCCCAGAAAUUUGCAGGACCUGUGCCGAAUAAAAAUCCGACAGUGUAUAGGACUUCAAAAUUUAAAAUUACUUGAGGACUUGCCUAUUGCCAAGGUCAUGAAAGACUAUUUAAAACACAAGUUUGACAAUAUCUGAGACCUGCAGAAUACUACUAUUGCCACACAAGGCUGUUGCCUUCAUCACAGUAUAUCCUAUGCAAUUACUGAUUUUCAAAAAGAAAAUUCAGAGCACGGGUAUACCGUUUUUAUAUCAAAUGCAAAAAAUAAAAUAAUAAUACAGUCUUAACAUUGUUUUUGCACCCUAGGUUUACAGAAAAUAAGCUUUAUAUAUAACAACAAAAACUUUUGUAUGAAGGUAUUCUCGUUUUUUUAGCAAAUGUUUUGAGUAAAGUGUACAAACAAACAAAAAGUCUAGCUGGCUUAUAAAUGCAAAAGAAAAGUGAAUUACUAAUGUAUCCUAAACUGUAUAAAAUACGCUCUUAAUAUUAGAAAAUGGUAAAUUGUUCUUAUUGCUGGCAUUUAAUAUUUAAUUAUAAAUUCAAUUCAGUUUUAUUAUCUUAAUUGUGAGUGAAACAUAAGGAUGUAAUUUCACUGAUCGUUCUGUUUUAAAACACUUGUUUUUUUUUUUGUUUUUUUUCCUAUUAACACCUCAACUGUUGCAUUAGAAUUUCGGUAAAUUGGCAAACCAGACAUUUCAAUAUUAAACCAGGAGGCUGUUCAAGGGAAUUUCACAACACAA